AUGCCUUUCAUUACAUUUCUUUUAGCACUAUGUGUUGCAGACCAUAUUGAGACAUGGCCCAGAGAAUUUAGCUCAAUAUGGAAAAGAAAAUUAACUGGAACUUCAGUACUGUUCCUGGUAAACAGAUACAUGUUGCUCUUGUCUGUUAUCAUUCAAGCAAUAUUUGAGUUUCCUGGAAAUGGAACAGAUGAGCAGUGCCAAGCAUUAAAUAUAAUAUAUUCAAUUUUUACAAUUCUGUCCAUAGUUGCAGCCAAUGUUCUUUUUGCCCUGAGGGUUUAUGCAAUAUACAAUAGAAAUAGAGUGAUUUUUGGAAUAGCUUCUGCAUUCAUCAUUUCAAGACUUACACUUGAUAUAUGGAAUUUAGCACUAGGAGUUGGUGGUUCCACAAUUGGAUCUCCAUUUCAAAACCUCUCAAGGUGUGGGCUAAGUGGUAAUAAUGUAGAUCAAUACACUCAACUGUUGAUUUUUUUAGUGGACCUGGCUAUUCCAUUGUUGGCAUUGGGAUAUGACAUUUUCACCUUCAUUCUAACUGCUAUAAAGACUGUUCAGCAUUCACUGGAAAUGCAAAGGCUCAAUCAGUCUAGUAUUACACAAAUAAUCUUCCGUGAUGGGACUUUGUAUUUCCUUAUUUUAAGACUCAUGCUUGUAGUGGCUAUUAUUCUUGCUAUCUUCAGUGUGGUCAAUGUGAAUCAAUCUUUCAUUGGUGAUUAUAUUCUUUCUAAUUCAUUUCCCAGAUUGCCCAACAUUCUCAUCAGCCGCCUGAUGCUCAACUUGCGCACAUAUUCUGAACCUGGCAAUACCACAAUAUCCCAAGGUCAACAGACCCGUGUAUCAUCAUUGAACUUUGCUUCCAACCAGAUGUUGGGGAAUAUUGGGGCUCCAUUAGAUGGGGAAUCUUUCAAUGAGGAAGAAGAAGAAGAAGAAGAAGAAGAGAGAGUGGAAAUAGAGGCUAUUGGUGGGCAACAUGACAGGUCUGGUGAGCCUGAAAGGUAA